AAGCUGCUGCCCGGCGGAAAUCUUUGGUGAAACGACUGUGGAGUCCGGUUAGACCCGGCGUGCGCAAAGGCCGCUGGGAGGCUGUGGAGCCAUGGGCAGCGCGAUGGCGACGGCGGAGGCUCGCGGCGCGCUCCCGGGCUGGCUCUCCGUGCUCGGCUGGGGUCUGGCGCUGUGCUGCCUGUGCGGGGCGGGCCCGCUGUGGAGUGGCAGCCACCAGUGGAAGAAACUGAUUUUGACCCAGCACUGGCCCCCGACAGUAUGUAAGGAAGUCAGCAGUUGCCGAGACUCUCUGGAUUAUUGGACAAUACAUGGACUAUGGCCCGAUAGAGCAGAAGAUUGUAACCAAUCCUGGCACUUUAACUUGGAUGAGAUUAAGGACCUAUUGCGAGACAUGAAGAUUUACUGGCCUGAUAUAAUUCACCCAUCUUCCAACCGCACCCAGUUCUGGAAACAUGAAUGGGAUAAACAUGGCACCUGUGCGGCCCAGGUGGAUGCCCUCAAUUCUGAGAAGAAGUACUUUGGGAAGAGCCUGGAUCUGUAUAAGCAGCUUGACCUCAACAGUGUACUGCUAAAAUUUGGGAUCAAGCCAUCCAUCAAUUACUACCAGCUUGCAGAUUUCAAAGAUGCACUUACCAGAAUCUAUGGCGUGGUGCCGAAGGUCCAGUGCCUUCUGCCUGAACAGGGAGAGAAGGUACAAAUCGUUGGACAGAUAGAGCUGUGCUUCACCAAGGAGGACUUCCAUCUGCGAAACUGUACUGAGCCAGGUGAGCAGCUGUCAUCUGGGCAGGCAGCCUGGCUGGCCAUGGGGGCUUCUCCACAUGGCAUGAUGGUCUGUGAAGAUGGCCCCAUCUUCUAUCCUCCGCCUGCAAAGACUCAACAUUGAUGCUCACUCACAUUUUGGAAAUAUUUUAUGUUCCACAAAGUAAGAAAAAUUCACAAAUCAUUGCUUUCUAAAAAUCUACCACAAAACUUUCUUAAAAUAUGUUUGGCUUUUU